AUGCAGACAGUUUUUGAGGGAGAUGGUGGUGGGUAUUACAGUUGGUCAACUUCCAAAUCUCCAUUGCUGGUUGAGGCUAAGCUUGGGGCUGGCAAGCUUCUUCUGCACCCUCGUGGCUUUUCUCUGCCCCACUAUGCAGAUUCUGCCAAGAUCGGUUAUGUACUUCAAGUACUCAUUCCAUUAACACAAAUUGUUUUUUCAGCUAAUGUGUGUUGCUCUAUUCGCGCUUGA